AGUUCGAGGCUGAGGCGCCGGCGCCGCGGCUGGGAGCGCGGGUCUCCAGGCGCAGCGUGGUUGCUAGGGCACCCAGAGGCCUCCCGCUCGCCCCGCAGGCCGGAGAAGGCAGCAGCGCCGAGCCGGCGCCGAGCGGGCGCCGAGCCGGGCCGACGCCGGGUCCGCUAGGCUGACAGGCUUCUAGGAUGCUGAGGCUACUACUGAAGGUGCGUGGCCCCUUACCUGAGCCAGGCCAUGAAGCCAUGUGGCCAUGAUGUGGACCCCUCAUGGCCUCAGCGGGAACGGAGCAUUACAGUAUUGGCCUCCGGCGGGGAAACAGCUUCAAGCAGAGUGGUCUCUCAGGCACUGUGCCUGCCCCAUCACCUGAGAAACCCUCUGAGGGCAAAGUCUGGUCUCAGGCCCAUCAGCAGGUGAAGCCGAUUUGGAAGCUGGAGAAAAAGCACGUGGGGACACUUACAGCAGGAUUGGGCACAGGCCUCUUGGGUGUCCCACCUCAGCCAGCGUAUUUCUUUUGCCCCAGCACUUUAUGUAGCUCUGGGACCACAGCAGUCAUUGCAGGCCAUAGCAACUCCUGUUACCUGCACUCUCUCCCGGACUUGAUCAGCAAUCCCCUGCUGUACCGCCGCUCCAACUACAGACACAAACCAUACCAGCAGCUGGAGUCUUUUUGCUUGCGUUCAAGCCCAUCAGACAAAAGACCUUUUUCUCUCCCUCAACAGAGUCUCCCUGUCAGUCUCACUGCCAAUAAGGCCACCUCUCCCAUGGUUUCCCCCAUUACCCAGCCCAUGGCAUCCUUACCCACAGAUCCAUACCUCUCGCUGGGAGCAGCUGGGGAAAACCCUUCAGGGAAGAGCCUGGCCUCUGCCAUCUCAGGGAAGAUCCCAUCUCCACUCUCUUCUUCCUACAAACCCAUGCUAAAUAACAACUCCUUCAUGAGGCCAAAUAGCACUAAAGUGCCUUUAUCGCAGGCCACUGAGGGCCUGAAGCCAGUAUCCUCACCCAAAAUCCAACUUGUCUCUUGGCGUCAUUCAGGAGGCACUGGAGACUGUAUACUCCAGCCUGUUGAACACAAGGUUUCCCAAAAUAGUGGCACUGCACUAAGUGAUGCCCCUGUCCACAACAGCCCAACUACCCCUAACUCCUUCAACACUUCCACCACCAGUGUUGCCUCUCCCCGGUACAAUCAGAGUAACUUAGGCAUGAGGGCAGAGCCGUUUCCCUAUAGCCUCGAUGGCAGCUCUGCAUCCCAGGCUCUGACUAAGGAAGUUCGAUUCACUGAGGCCGUAAGGAAGUUGACUGCAAGAAGUUUUGAGAAGCCAAGACAAAGCUACCAGUUUGAACAGUCUUUCAUGAAUCCCAGCUUGCAAUGGACACCCCUCAACAAGAACACACAAUGGAAACCUGUAAUAGGCCAACAGUUUUCUCAGGAGGAUGCUGGAGCAGACAGUAGGAUCUUCUCUGAGGCCUCAGACACCUUGGAAUUGGACAGUACAGUCUUUUGUACUAAGCGUAUCAGCAUUCACCUCCUUGCCUCACACACCAGUGGGCUCAGUCACAGCCCUACUUGUGGAUCUCUGCCAGAGGUCAGCUCUCCGCCACUUGAAGAAGACAAAAAUCUAGUUCUGCCUUCUCCUGCUCAGCCCCUUGCUGUAGCUGACAUGACUACCUGCCUCUCUUCCAUCCAUCUGAGCCAACUUGGGAAGGAGGGGCCUGAGGUAUCCAGACAGCUGGACUUGCCUACUCAGGAUAUUGGUUCAGCUACUGACCUCCAGCUAGACCAGGUGGAGGCUGAAGAUUUAGAAGAAGAGCUUGUUGAUGGUUUGGAAGACAGCUGUAGCCAUGAUGAGAAUGAAGAGGAGGAAGAAGGAGACUCAGAGUACUCCUCCUUCAGUGGUGUCUCCCCCAGCGAGUCGGUGGCAGUGAUCUCUCGGAACUGCACGGAGAUUCUGACCAAAUCCCUUUCCACUGAGAAAGUUGUCCGACCAGCUCUUAUCUACAGUCUCUUUCCCAAUGUGCCCCCUACCAUCUAUUUUGGCACUCGGGAUGAGAGAGUGGAGAAACUUCCCUGGGAGCAGAGAAAGCUGCUUCGGUGGAAGAUGAGCACAGUGACCCCCAACAUUGUUAAGCAGACCAUUGGACGGUCCCACUUCAAAGUCAGCAAGCGAAAUGAUGACUGGCUGGGCUGCUGGGGCCACCACAUGAAAUCUCCUAGUUUCCGAUCCAUCCGGGAGCAUCAGAAGCUGAAUCACUUCCCAGGUUCAUUCCAGAUUGGGCGAAAGGACAGACUGUGGCGGAACCUGUCCCGUAUGCAGAGCCGCUUUGGCAGGAAGGAGUUCAGUUUCUUCCCCCAAUCCUUUAUCCUGCCCCAGGACGCCAAGCUUCUGCGGAAAGCCUGGGAGAGCAGCAGCCGCCAAAAGUGGAUUGUUAAACCACCAGCUUCCGCUCGAGGCAUUGGCAUCCAGGUCAUUCACAAGUGGAGUCAGCUCCCCAAGCGAAGGCCUCUUUUGGUGCAGAGGUACCUACACAAACCCUACCUCAUCAGUGGCAGUAAGUUUGAUCUGCGCAUCUACGUUUACGUCACCUCCUACGACCCCCUGCGGAUUUACCUCUUUUCAGACGGACUUGUCCGCUUUGCCAGUUGCAAGUAUUCCCCUUCCAUGAAAAGUCUUAGCAACAAGUUCAUGCACCUGACCAACUACAGUGUCAAUAAAAAGAAUACGGACUACCAGGCCAAUGAAGAUGAAACCGCCUGCCAGGGCCACAAAUGGGCAUUGAAGGCUUUAUGGAACUACCUGAGCCAGAAGGGAGUCAAUAGUGAUGUCAUCUGGGAGAAGAUAAAGGAUGUUGUUGUCAAAACCAUCAUUUCGUCCGAGCCCUACGUGAUCAGCCUGCUGAAGAUGUAUGUGCGGCGACCCUACAACUGCCACGAGCUCUUCGGUUUUGACAUCAUGCUGGACGAGAACCUUAAGCCGUGGGUCCUGGAAGUAAACAUUUCCCCAAGUCUCCACUCUAACUCUCCAUUGGACAUCAGCAUCAAAGGCCAGAUGAUCCGUGACCUCCUGAACCUGGCAGGUUUUGUCCUGCCCAGCGCAGAUGAUAUUGCUUCCAGCUCAAGCAGCUCCAGCAGCUCCACCACCAGCCUGCCCAGUUCCCCCAGGGACAAAAAUCGAAUGGCCCCAGAGCACUUCACUGCACAGAGGAUGAAGAAAGCCUAUUAUCUGACCCCCAAGAUUCCUGACCAGGACUUCUAUGCGUCUGUGCUGGAUGUCCUGACACCAGAUGACGUUCGGAUUCUUGUUGAGAUGGAGGAUGAGUUUUCUCGCCGUGGUCAAUUUGAACGAAUUUUUCCUUCUCGAAUCUCCUCUCGUUAUCUUCGCUUUUUUGAGCAGCCACGAUAUUUCAACAUUCUCACUACUCAGUGGGAACAGAAGUACCAUGGCAACAAGCUCAAAGGAGUAGAUCUGCUUCGGAGUUGGUGCUACAAAGGGUUCCACACAGGAGCCGUCUCUGAUUCUGCUCCAGUAUGGUCUCUCCCGCCAUCACUUCUCAAUACCCCAAAGGGCGAAGUGCUGUUGAAUGCUUUCUCUAAAUCAGAGACUGGCAAGCUGGGAAAACAUAGCUCCUCCGAGGGAAGUGUACCACUCUCUGAAGAUGGGAACUCUUCCAAGCCCAAGAAGACCCAAGCUGGCUUGUCCCCUCUCCCCAAGAAACUCAGUUCCUCCAUCGAUGGUGAAGACACCAGCAAGGAGCCCAGCCACUCUGCCCACGUGUUACCGGUGAUCAAGUACUCUGGGCGGACUUCAAGACUUUCUGCUUCCCCAACCUCCCAGUCUAACAGUGACUCCCUCCUGGCUGCUAUGAGCCCAUGACUGGCCUCUGUCCACUAGCCCCUGUCCAGGAGCACCAGCAUUAGCUACCUCACACGACCUGGCCAUCUGGCCAGCCAGCCAGCCUGAACCCCACCCCCUCCACCUUGCCCCUCCUCAGAAUAUUUUUUGAAGUAGCUGAAUUGCAAAAGAUGGGUAUUUGGAGGGGUGGUGUGGAUGAAGAGAAGGUGAGGGACGUUUGCCCACUGUCACCUUCUGCCUGGCUGGCGCUGCGUAUCUCAGCAGAGACGCCGAUGGUGGCCACUCAGCCUUAUAAAGCAGGGUUUGGUUUCUACCUUCAGAGAGCCACGUGUGGUUUGUUUGGGGCUUUGAUGCAGAGAUUGAGUUACAACUCGAGAGAAAACAUAUGGAUUUAGGCCUGAAGUCCUUUUGUUCUAUAAUUGAGGAAGUUCCUCUGAAGGUCCUCAUUUCCUCAUGUCUCACAUCCCCCACCCCACAACCUGACCUGAGGAGCCAUUUUGAGAGAUCUUUAAACUUACCCCACUAGCUAGGUAAGGCAAGACUGACAUGAUGACAUGUUUCCUGUUAUCUAGUCUUGGGGCUUUACCACCUCCAGACCACUGUUGAGCUUCGUAUUUUGACUUAAUAUUGCUACUUGUUCAACCUUCUAGACUUUAUUUUCAUGAAUGUUAAUUAAGCUCUUUAGUUCUCGAUUUUCUGUUACAUGAGAGGCCCUAUGAACUUCGUGAAUGACUCAUGAUCUUAAUGAAGGAGCCCAGAUAAUCCCAGUUGCUAUUGUCUGUGUUCAUCUAAAACAGGACACAUUGCAGGGGGAGGGUGGAAGGAGCUGAGGUUUCCCCCCACACACACAGGAAUUCUCAGGUUCUCCUUCACCACUUUCUCUGUGGUUAGCCAGAUCUGGCCCAUAGGUCGCUGGGGCAAGCCAGGCCUUGUGGCUUGGGGUUAGAUUUCAGGAGCAGUCACCACUUUAGGGUAGGCUUCUGAUGAGACUGCUGACUAAACUCUGGUACUCUUAACUGCAUCUACCUCCUUCUCUAAGGCUUGGUAAAUAGUGAGUGUUCAAUAAAUGUUGGCUGAGUGAACUGUACGGAUGGAGAUCUCAAAGGACAAGCAUCUGAGCCAGAAGCUCCAUUUCCUCUCACUCCUGGGGCAAAGUGGAGCUCAGGGAGAGCACGAGGUGGGCAGGUGUGAAUCAGGUGGCUUUUGCUUCAGAUGUGCCCUUUGCUAACCCGGCACUUCCCAGUUGCCACUUUCCCCUCUCUAGCCUCUUCAGUCCCUUCACUUCAUUUUUCUAGCAUUAGGGCCCAAGGAGAACCCAAGUAACCCAGUCUCUGAUUCCCACUUUUCCCCUUGCACAUCAUGCAGGAAGCUCUGCUCAGUUUCACUCUGCUCUCUGCCUUCUUCAACUUAAACCAGCUGUGGUUCCUUGCCAUUUGAGAACCCAGUCAAUCAAUUUCCAUUUCUACAGCAUAUAGUGGGAAUGGGGGUGUGGGAGGUUGGGGUGGACCCAAGAAAUGGAGAUAGAAGUAUCAUGUCCUACGCAGUUUAAAAUGCUUGCUUUUCAUUGUCAUCACCGUUGAGUAGCUGACAGAUCCAGAUGUUUUGCUGGAUGGGAGAAGGAAUGGGGCUCAUGUGUGGAAUUGAAAUUUGGGAGUACAGUAGAGUAAGUCUUUGCAGAACAUGUCAUUUGUUUUCCUAAGUUACAAACUUACCCUUUAUCUAUUUAGAACAGGAGUGAGAGUCUCCUGAUUGAGGAAAUACAGGGUGUUAUUGGAAGAGUAGAGCAGACUUCAGUGGCAAAGAGCGUGUGUCUUAUGACUCAGAUUUGCUCAGGGUUGCUCAGCAAUGAUUGAGAAGGAAGUAACUUCGAGUGGAGGGAUGAUACCGUUAGGAAAAGGGCCUGGGCUGGAGGCCAGCCUGGCUUUCAGCUCUCUCUGCUGUGUCCUUGCGACUGAAAACUCACUUUGCUGGUGUCUUUUAACAACUUAAUGUGAAUAUAAUAGAUACAUUGCAGGGUUGUGAAAAUUAAAACAUGAUAAAAAGCAUUUAGGUUAUGCCUUUCUCUGUAAUCUAAGCCCUGCUUCCGGGGUAGGGAAAGACAGGUAAGAAAUGUUAAGCCCAUUCUAGAAGGGAAGUGAAAUAGCUGUCAAGAUGUUUUAGAGGUGAAGAAAUAAGAACACCCCCAGCUUCUCUCUCACACACAAACGUAC